AUGAGGGCACAAAAAGGUACUGAUUCAACCAAUACAGUGGACUUGCCUGAACGCGUACUAACAGGUAAAGUAAUUUCUAUAUUGGGUUUGACACGGCUCACUUUUCAACCCUACAGCCACAAGCAAUCGCAAGAAAUUGUUACGGGGCGAUUAGGUGGGUCAGAGGCUUUCAAGGGCGAUGCCAUACAACUGGUAGCGAGAAAAGUAGCUGCCGUCUCAGGAGACGCCCGACGUACUUUAGAUAUCUGCCGUCGUGCCACUGAAGUAGCAGAUUCUUCAAAAGAUGAAAAUUCCAAUUUUCCGGCUAGUGAGUUAAAUACUCCUGGACCUACAGUACAGGGUUGGCGUAGCGCUAUCGGCAGUUCUUUAGUACCACACGAUAUAAAGUAUGUCGAAUACAACUCCGUACCAUUGAGUGUCGAGUUGCUUUAAUAAAAUGACUGCAAGUACGGAAGUGUAGAGAAAGUUCAGUACGUCUAAACCUUGUUACACCUAAGCGAAAAGCUUGAAAACAACACACUUGGCUUUGAAAUGCUUUCUUGCAACGACACCUAACGUGAUUUUUAGCCGAAAAAAUUUCUAACGUAUAAAUACUACAGAGUUAUCAGUUUAAAA